CCGAUUUCCUCCCAGUGUAGAGCCUUGGGAUGGCUCUCACCAUGGCCGUGGAUGCGACCUGUGACGAUGUCGAGACUAUCAGCACCUGCAGCGGUGGCAGCGCAGAUGACCAGGCACAGGAUCCAUGGCCGGACACCGACGAUGAGUGCUGCUACCCCAAGAGUUACUACCGCCCUCCACGCGACUGUAAGGAGACGGACUGCCUGGCUGAGUUCCUGACAGGGAAAGCGAAAAACACAUCGGAGAUGCGACUCAACCUUCAGGAGACCCUCAAGUUUAGUAACUGGUUACUGAGUCGGUUACAGAAAGAAAAGGAGAAGAACGCCCGUCGCCCACUUCCAGAGUUGCCAAAUGAGGUGGCGACGAUGCUGAAAAGGAGGGAAGGAGGAAAGGAGGGAAGGAGGGAAGGAGGGAAGGAAGGAAGGAGGGAAGGAGGGAAGGAAGGAAGGAAGGAGGGAAGGAGGAAAGGAGGGAAGGAGGAAAGGAGGGAAGGAGGGAAGGAGGGAAGGAGGAAAGGAGAAAAGGAGGGAAGGAAGGAAGGAAGGCAGGCAGGCAGACAGGCAGGCAGGCAGGAAGGAAGGAAGGAAGGAAGAAAGGAAAUAAGGAGGGAAGGAGGGAACGAGGAAAGGAGGGAAGGACGAAAGGAAGGAAGGAAGAAAGGAGGGAAGGAGGAAAGGAGGGAAGGAGGAAAGGAGGGAAGGAGGAAAGGAGGGAAGGAGGAAAGGAGGGAAGGAGGGAAGGAGGGAAGGAGGGAAGGAGGGAAGGAUGCAAGGGGGGAACGAAGGGAAGGAAGGAAGGAAAGAAAGAAGGAAGGAGCUUGGACGACCCGUUGUGAGGUUGUGGAAACAGCCGAGCCCCUGCCGGCAGCCUUGGGGAAGGUUGGAGUGAACAGCGCUGAACUGACAGGAUCCAGCAACAUCCAGCAGGUCCACUCUGUGAGGUUUUGCAUCGACUGGGGAGCGCUGUUGACUCUAUCCGAAAGCUUGCUUCGCAUUGGAUCAAACAAGCUUCAAAAGGUGACAAACUCCAUGGCCAGAGGUGGGAAAACAGAUUUGGGGUGUCAAGCCGCCUUGUUUCUCUGCUUCGAGGAAUUUCGGACCUUCGAUGCUCCAGCAAGCGAGCCACCUUUGGCGUUGUUUGCAAUGCGCCGGGUUCACCUAGUGACGGGUGGGUCCAUGAAAUCAAACGGCACGAAGAAGAACAAGUUCAAGUCGAAGAACUUGCUGACAGGACAUAUCUUGAAUAUCAACACUCUCCCUCCCAGACCACUGCAGAUUUUUUUUCCAAGAGAUGUCCUCUUUCUCAUGCGGACAGGCACCAAUAUGCAAGCUUACAGUAGGCAGGCUGGUUGUGACCAAGGUGGAAAUGCCUUGCCGCUGAGCAGUUUCAAAGUGUCAGAGCAACACAAGCCUCGGGAGGCUCGCGCCUGCAGAACCUGUUCCGUGGAGGAGAUCUUGCCGGAGAGAGGCAGUAGCAAAGAAGUGAUCCGUGGGGCGUCUGAUGUUUUCAGUUUUCCAUCGAGCGGGCGAUGUCAUGCGCGCUUUGGUGCUGCUGCUUCUUUGGCCCUCUGGCGCCUGGUGAUUUCCAGGCUUUGUGAUCGAUUGCCAGCAGAGGUGCUGCCAAAGCUCUUGAAGUUCCUGGACGUCCCGGCGACGGCGGCGCGAGGCUUCAACAGGUUUCUCCAGGCGCUCAAAGCCACGCUGGCGGCAUCCUGGUCAUUCCAAUUCGCCUGGCUCACCAGUGACCAGGCCAAGCUCCACGGGGUCAACGUCUCAUUGAUGGACAGAGUGGUCCGGAAGCACCGACAAGAACGGCGUAAGGCACACUCCGAAGUGCAGGCAUUUUUGAAGACCAAUGGAUUCAACAGCGGAAAGGUGAACGAGCUCAAAGGCUUCCUUAGCAAGACAUCUCCGCUUCAUGAAGCGGUGAAGCAGAAGAAUCCUUCGGUGGUGGCUGCCUUGCUACAACUUGGUGCCGAUGCUGAUUUCAGAGACUUCCCGAUGGGCCGCACUGCAUUUGAAUACGCUGAGCGAAGCGAUUCAAGGAGUUCAGCCGAGCUAACACAGAUCUUUCGACAGUGUGGAUGUGCGCCUGAUUCAUAUCAGUUCUGCAAAACCCGGCAGUUGACGCAUGCUCCAUGGGGCUUUGAAGCCUUCUUUGCGGAGAAAGAGAAGGACCAGAACUCUUCACCGCUUUUGGGGUUCUAG